UCCUAGGCGUUUGAAUCCCAGCUCCUCUCCAGAGAAGUAGGAGAGGGGAGGAGUCGCUUUCCUUUCACGGUCGCUGGUGAAUCUUCCCGCGUGUGUGCCGCUGUGAUCUGCACUGGUCGUGGAAGUCGUAGGCAGGAUUUGGAGACUCAGGAAACCUAAAUAUGGACUCUGUGGCCUAUGAGGAUGUGGCUGUGAACUUCAGUGUGGAGGAGUGGGCCCUACUGGAUCCUUCCCAGAAGAAACUCUACAGAGAUGUGAUGCGGGAAACCUUCAGGAACCUGGCCUCAGUAGGGAAAAAGUGGGAAGCUCAUGACAUUGAAGAUCAGUACAAAAACCAAGGAAGAAAACAAAGAAGUCUUAUGAUAGAAAGAAUCUAUGAAGGGGAAAAGGGUAAUCAAUGUGGAGAAAAUUUCAGCCUUAUUUCAAAUCUCAAUCUGAAGAAAACGCUUCCUGGAGUAAAACCAUGGGAAUACAGUGUAUGUGGAAACAUCUUCAUGCGUAAUUCAUCUUAUAAUAGGCAUGUCAGACGUCACACUAGACCCAAGCCCUCUGAGUAUCAGAGUCAUGGAGAAAAGCCAUAUAAAUGUAACAUAUGUGGGAGAGCCUUUACCUAUCUGCAGUGUUUUGAAAAACAUGGAAGAACUCACAAUGGAGAGAAAACCUAUAAAUGUGAGGAAUGUGGGAAAGCCUUCAAGUGUCUCAAAACUCUUCAAAGACACAUAAUAAGGCAUACCGUAAAUGCUCCUUACCAAUGUAAGGUGUGUGGGAAAACCUUUAGUACCUCAACUUCUCUUCAAAUAUGUGAGAGUACCCACACUGGAGAGAAGCCCUAUCAAUGUAAAUACUGUGGAAAAGCCCUUAGAAAUUAUCGAAGUUUUCAGAGACAUGAAAGAAGUCACACUGAAGAAAAAUUAUAUGAAUGUAAAAAAUGUAGUAAAGCAUUCAGGUAUCUCAGUAAUCUUCGAACACAUGAAAGAACUCACACGGAAGAAAAACCCUAUGAAUGUAAGGAAUGUGGAAAGGCUUUCAGAUCUUACAGUUCUUUACAACCACACAAAAUGACACACACAGGAGAGAAACCCUAUGAAUGUAAGGAAUGUGGAAAAGCAUUCAGAUAUUACAGGUCCUUACAAACACACAAAAGGUCUCACACUGGAGAGAAACCUUAUGAAUGUAAAAAAUGUAGUAAAGCAUUCAGGUGUUCCAGUUAUCUUCGAAAUCAUGAAAAAAUUCACAGUGCAGAGAAACCCUAUGAAUGUAAGAAUUGUGGAAAAGCCUUCAGAUCUUCCCGUUAUUUAAAAACACAUGAAAAGAUUCAUACCAGAGAGAAACCCUAUGAAUGUAAGGAAUGCGGAAAAGCCUUCCGAUCCUCAAGUUACUUACAAACACAUCAAAGUUCUCACACUGGAGACAAAACCUGUCAAUGUAAGAAAUGUGGAAAAGCCUUCAGAUCUUACAGUUCCUUACAAAUACAUGAAAGGACUCACACAGGAGAGAAACCCUAUGAGUGUAAACAUUGUGUUAAAGCCUACAUUUCUCCCACAUCCCUUCGAAGACACAUGAAAAUGCAUAUUUGAAAUACUUCUUAUCAAUAGAAGGAAUGUGGGAAAGCAUCAACUUGUAUCAAGCACAUGAAAGAUUUCAAACUGGAGAGAAACUCUAUGAAUGUAAACAAUAUGGCAAAGCCUAUGCAGAACACAGUUCCUUACAAAGAGUGGAACAGACUCAUCCUAGAGAAAACCCUAUGAAUGUAAGGAAAGUGGAAAAGCCUUCACUUGUAACCCAACCCUUUGAAAAUCACAGGCUGUGAGUGCACAUUGGAGAGAAACAAUAUAAAUGUGAAGAAUGUGGGAAAACCUUCAGUCAUCCCUUAAAGAAUUAUUAAAAUUUUAAUUAAAAUAUAUUUACCAAGUUUCUUUAAGAAAUUGGAAACAAUUUCUACAACAGUAAACUGCUGUAUAACUCAAGGGUUAAAGGUGUGACCACCCGCUCAUGCAGUCAGAAAUACAUGUGUAACUUAAAACCUGUCCUCCACAUACACAGAUUCCUUACUUUUUAGUCUGAGUGUAAUCUGAGUAUAAGUGCACCUAUGCAUUUCAAAUGUGUUCAAGGGUCAACUGUAAUUACUUACAGAAGUGACUAUUGAAGUGAAAUAAUUCUUCCAGUUGUCUUACAAUGAGAGUACAUAACAUUAAUAAGUAGUGAUUUUUCAUUAAAUCAGUUAAUAACAUUGUCUACAUAACAUUAAUAAGUAGUGAUUUUUCAUUAAAUCAGUUAAUAACA